CGCAAUUAGAAACCAUUCGUAAUUCGUACAUAUGCGUCUCGUGUAAUCUUUCUCUUGAAAGAAAUUCUUUGACCCGAAUUGUUUGGAAUAUAAUACCAUUGGUUUAUACGACGAACGAAUACACAGACGAACGCAUACAGAGUAAUCCGAUAUCGACGUUAAUGGGGGACGCGACGUUAAAAUCGAGGAUACAGAUAAUGUUUUAUGCUAAGUACUCCUUCAUCAGUCGAAUCACGAAAGAUCGUAUGUACCUAAUAAUGGACAUCGUUGGUGUCCCCAUAAAUUCACACACCACGAACAAUGUGACAAAGGUAUCGCUUGAAUAAAAGGAGAACCUUUAAAAGCGUUCAUCAAACUCUACAAGUUUGCCAGUCUUUUGUAGUUGAUCUUACGAAAAUGACACGGUCCUUCCACGAUUCGAUAUUAUUACAUGUUAUCGCAGAGAAAUUCUUAUCGACGCGAAUAGGACAGACGCGUAACUACCUGUUGCUGAUCGUAUUAACAAUAUUGUCGUUCGACUGUGCGGCUUCCUUAGAGCCGCAGGAUACAGUGUUGAUCAAUUUCUCUCGAAAAUACAAUGACUCCGGAGUGGUGAAUCAUUAUGUACCGUUCGAAGAGACAACGAAUAUCCCUCGAAUAAUGGAAAUGGACGAAACAUCGAAGAACACGUCGUUUUCUCUAACGAUCGAUUCAACUGCUAUGGAGAACAACGAAGAGAUUCCAUUUGGAGUCAACGGACGAGAAGGUCGAUAUUAUUAUCGGCGACCAUCUUCUCAUUUGCAAGUCAGAUCUUCUCAACGGGUUCACUCGAGUACGACCGAAAGCAUAAGUAAUGCCGAUAUAUCGUUAUCGCAAGAGAAUGACAUUCAAAUAGAAGAAAUAUCUUGUCGCGAUACGGACGACGAUGUAUUUUUUAAAGCAUCCGUAAAAACGACUACGUCGAUGGAAUCGCCCGUGAUAGAUAACGUAGAGGAUGAGGUAUGUAAAUUUACAAGAGUGAAAAACGAGUACACGAUCAAUUUAGAAAAGGAACGAUUUCGACAUUGCGGCGUUGUUGCAUGUUCGACGGAAACCGAAAGAUUCUACUGUCUCGAUCUGAGAUUUCCACUGAUACCGGGUCUUAGAUUGAAAGACGACACGAAGAUCACUUUGCGCUGCAAAGUACAAGAAAAGACUGUCUCUCGUACGAAAAAAAUCAAUGUGAAGACUAUCGAUACAUCGGCGAGAAUGGUACCCCGCGUUUUUACUGGUGGCUCUCAAAAUAAUUUGGAGAUCGACGUUGGACUGUUUCGAAAGACAUUUCAUUCCGAGAAAGUUUUUGACACUAGAAUACAGUCCGGAGAUACCGUUAUUUUGGGAGAAGAAGUAUUAUUGCGCGUUCUCGUGCGUGAUGGGAAUGGCUGGCAAUACUCGAGGAUCGGUGAAUUGACGGUUCAUUAUAUAGAAAAGAGACAACGAAAGAAAAUAAUGAACAGUUUAUGGAUUUUGGAUACCAAUGGAUGUUUGAAUCCGGAUGUUCGAAAGAUUUGUUCGAGAGAACAGUAUCGAAUAUCGCCUUUGGAAACUUAUCUUAUCUUUCAAGCUUUCAUGUUUGAAAAUAUGAGAGAGAACGACGAGAUAUUUUUAACUGUUAAGGUAACGGGUUGUUUAGAAGGACCGGAUUGUAUUUUGAAUUGUCCAGCAGGUCAUAACAGAAGAUCUAGAAGCGUUAAAACUCAUAAUAAUACCAUCGAUUGGGAAAAUGACAUUUCCUUUAGAGUUAAUCUUCCCAAAGAAAAGAUCGUUCGAGAAGAUCUUUUUCAUUUUCACUUGGUCAUCCCUUAUGUCUUCGUUGCUUUUGCGUUAUCGAUUAUAAUGGCUUUGCUUUGUACAAUUAGAAUACUUUUGAAACGAAAAAUUGCGAGAUAUUAAACAAAUGUUCAAUCAUA